AUGUCGCCGCACGCUUUGCUGACCGGCAAGGUUGCGCUUGUUACUGGUGCUGCAAGUGGCUUUGGUGAAGGCAUAGCUAAGCUCUUCGCUGACGAAGGGGCCAAGAUUGUCGUUGCUGACAUCAAUGAUGAGCAGGGUGCUAGAGUCGUCAAGGACAUCGAACGGUCCGGAGGCCAAGCGGUGUUCGCCCGAACAGAUGUGACGAAAGAGGCCGACUGGAAGAAGGCACUCGAAACCGCAAAGCAGAGCUUUGGCACACUGGAUAUCCUCGUCAACAACGCAGGCUGGACAUACCGCAAGAAAGACUCCCUGACCGUGACAGAGCAAGAAUACGAUCGCGUCUUCGACAUCAACGUCAAAUCCAUCUUCCACUCCGUCAACGCCAUAAUUCCCCACUUCCUCUCCCAAUCCUCCGGCACCAUCGUCAACAUCGGCUCCUGCAUCACCUGCAAGCCCACCAACGGCCUGAUGUGGUACGGCGCGACCAAAGCCGCCGUGGACGUGAUCACCCGACACAUGGCGAGGGAGUUCUCCGACAAAGGCAUCCGGGUCAACGCCGUGGCUCCAUCGAUCAGCGAGACGCCGUUGAUGAAGGAGUUCAUUGCGGGGGAUCCGGACGAGGAGAGCUUGAAGGACGCGGUGAGGGAUGUUCCGGUCGGCAGGCUGUGCACGCCGGUGGAUAUUGCCAAGGCGUGUUUGUAUUUUGCGAGUGAUUAUUUUAAUGGUUUUCAGACGGGUAUUGUGCUGAGAGCGGAUGGUGGACAUUACGCUUGA